AUGGCUGGGGGAUCCAAACGUGUUCCAACUCAAGAUAAAAGCAACACAGAGUCGAAAUCAAAGGAUGAAACUCAAGGAGAGACACAGAUUGAGUCAAAACCUGAGGAUGAUCAGAAAAGCGCUUCAAGUGUCACUACUGCAGAGGCAAAGGGAAAAGGAAAAGAGAAGAAGCCUGUGUCUCCUAAAGGAAAGUCACCCAUGGAUGCUGCUAAAAAGGGAAAAGCCAAAGGAAUUGUAAUUGGAGAAGCUAAAGAACCAGAAACUGAGACUACUGUUGAGAAAAGUGGGAAGAAAAGAAAGAGAGAAUUUGUUGUUAAGAGUUCUUAUUCUUUAAGAUCAGGACUGAAAGGAACUGCUGUGGAGGUUGGUCAACAGAAGAAAGUGGGAAGAAAGUCUGAUGUGAAAAAAGUCAAAGGAAAGAAGGAGGAGAAAGAAACUACUGAUGAUGUUGAGGAAGAGGGGUCAUCAUGUAAGAGACAAUCCAAGCGUAUCAAGAGGAAUGAUGACAAAGAUAAAGAUGAUGAUGGAUCCAAGCCAAAACGGGCAUUGAGGGCUAGGGCUUAG